AUUUUGCAGUUUUCUCGGAUACUGCUACACGUGUAUUAUUGCCGAAAUGGCGGUUACCAAGAAACCAGCGCCUAAAAAAGGCCAACUGCACCAGAAGACUGGUAAAAAGGGUAUCAAAGGUGGUAAAAUCCGCGGCAAGGGGCAAAAAAGGAAAAUCAGCCUCAAAUUCGCGAUUGACUGCACACAUCCAGCUGAGGACAGCAUCUUGGACGUUGGAAACUUCGAAAAAUACUUGAAGGAACACGUCAAAGUUGAGGGCAAAACAAAUAACCUAGGCAAUCACGUUGUCAUAGCUCGGGACAAGACGAAAGUAGCUAUCAAUGCAGAUAUUCCCUUCUCAAAGAGGUAUCUCAAAUAUUUGACAAAACGCUACCUUAAGAAGAACAAUCUUCGGGACUGGCUCCGGGUAGUGGCGUCCGCACAUGACUCAUAUGAACUUCGCUACUUCAACAUCAAUGCUGACAGCGACAAUGAGGAUAAUGAAGAUUAAGCUGUUCAAAUAACAAUAGUUUUACACUU